ACAGAAUGGUAACAAUGGUUUCUUUCGAGGUUAUACAAGAACGAAUGUCGCAUUAGCUGUUAAUGGUUUUACUACCACAAUUCUGUUUGGUUGUCACAUUCCCUCAAAGGGCAGCCAAUUGUUGAUAAAAUUACUCUGUGAAUACGUUCAAACAAUAUAUGGUGUACGCUGUCAAAUUUGGCACGAUAGCUGCCUCUUCAACAUGAGUAAAAUGUACUCAACAGCAAACCUAUCUGACAAGGAAUUGAAGGAACAAGGAAAUCGUUUAUUCAAUCUUCAUAAAUAUGAGGAUGCUGCUAACUGCUAUACAAAAGCAAUAAUAAAAAAUCCCACUCAAACAAUGUAUUUCACUAACCGAGCUCUUUGUCACCUUAAACUUAAGAGAUGGGAAUCCUCAUGCAAGGAUUGUCGUCGAGCAUUGGAUAUGGAUCCUUGCUUGGUAAAAGGACACUUUUUUUUGGGACUUGCUCUCUUGGAAUUAGAAUUGUACGAUGAAGCUAUUAAACAUCUACAGCGAGCGGUGGAUCUGGCCAAGGAGCAAAAGUUGAACUAUGGUGAUGAUGUCACAAGCGUCUUGAGGCAAGCACGAAAGCGACGAUUUCAGUUACGGGAAGAACAAAGAGUUGCUCAAGAUAUUGAGCUUCAAUCUUAUCUGAAUCAGCUUAUUGCGGAAGAUGCAGAACGUAGCAUCGCAGCCUUGAAACUGAAUGAUUCUGACUCAAAAGAAGAAGGUGAAAGUGAUGCAGACGCAACUAGUAGCCAUCAAAAGAAAGAACUUAUUGAGGAAAAGAGAGACAAUUGUAUUGCCAGACUGAAUGAUCUGUUUGCCAAAGUAGAUGAACGACGUCGGAAAAGAGAAGUGCCUGAUUACCUUUGUGGAAAGAUCAGUUUUGAGAUUCUACAAGAACCAGUGAUCACACCAAGUGGUAUAACAUACGAACGAAAAGAUAUAGAAGAGCAUUUGCAGAGGGUGGGUCACUUUGACCCCGUGACUCGUGUUCGUUUGACUCAAGAUCAAUUGAUUCCGAAUCUAGCUAUGAAGGAGGUUGUUGACUCAUUUCUCCAAGAGAAUGAGUGGGCUUUGGACUAUUAAUUAUUUACGCGCAAGAGAGCCCAAGUAUAAAUAUACCACUAUGAUAUAUUGUCCGUAUAUCAAAAUCAUUAUUUAGAGACAUAUAUCAUUGUCUUAUAUUACCCAUACGCCAAUCAUCUCAUUAUAAGCCGAAUUAACUAUCGGCGAUAAUCACUUUUUAAUAAGCAUCUUGUUACUAUCGCUUCUUGCGUUAUCAUUAUUCAAAAAUGGGAUAUAGGGAUGGGUAAUGUUAUGUCAAACCGUCUAUUUUGAUCUUUAGAAAUUUUUGUUUAGGUUCUUUUUCUAUUGUCUAGAGCUUAUGUGCUAGAAAAAGCAUUGUGCCUAUCGCACAAAGCAACAAUGUAGUUAGACGUUUCCAUACGUGUACGUUUAAUUCUUUUUCACGAACGAAUAAUAAAAUUAUUUAUUUUGAGA